AUUUAAGCUUUGAAUAAUAUAGAUGUGGGGACCAAUAACAUUAGAGUCGAGGACGACAAUUGGCAUUUAAUUGAUGCAUACACCCGCAUCUCUUUUUCAUCCACAAUGCGACAACUAAUUAAUACGAACCUAUCUACACGAGGAAAAAAGUAUAAACAUCUACCUAGCAACAGGUAAAGGCCAAUAAAAUGGAAACCAACCCCAAACCAAAGCGGAAUCGAAUAAUCCCUCACAAGCGUCGCCUAUUACCCGCGAAACCAUCACCAUCAUCGUCAUCAUCAUCAAGAAAGAAAACCACCACAAUCAAUCCCAGCGCACUACCCGCAAAAAUCCAAUUUCGGCGACCAGUCUUUUCAUCCAUCGUGGAACAAGAAGAGAAAGAGAAAGUAGAAGAUAACACAAAUAAUACUGUCGAUGCCAUCCGCAUCGAAUUCGACUCCUCACAAGCUCCACAGCCAUUCCUCGAUCCUGAUCUCCUGGAGCGAAUCAGAGAGCGGGCGAGGACCAGAACAGCGCAGCAACGGAGACAGCAGGGCUCUGGCUCUGGAAGGGUACAGAGUGGAGAUGAUCGAGGUGCUGAUGGGGUGAGCUCAGAGCGGGAUAUACGCAGACGGGCUGUGCAAACAGAGUAUGGUAGUAUGGCGAUCAGGGGCAGGAUGGCAGUUAGUGGGAGGGGGUUGCGGCAGAGGAGGUGAUAAUUAGUUAAAUAUUUGAUUAAUACUGAAUUUAAUUAGUAGUUCUAGGGCCUUGGUAUUUAUAGAAUAGCUUUGAUGCUACUACGUCGUUUGUGUCUUCGCGUUAAUCAAUUGUCGUCGCUCUUGGGGUGGUUGCGAGCCUCGACAAGUG